AUGCAUCAAAGUGUAGUCUGGGUGAAGGUCCUUACUACACACCCGAGCGGCAUGAGCUUCGAUACCUGGUGCGCUGGUUUCCCGAAGCCGUUCUGGGACUUCUCCUGCUCACAUAUCCAGGAUAUAAACAACAAGAAGCUCAUCAUCAUUGACCUGGCCAAGGGUCCUGAUUCUGUCAGGAUCAUCGACACCAAGAUGCCAUUGGGAGUCACAGCUAACAUAGAGGGCAUUGAUCCUUCCGAGGUGAUCUUGACUGGAGCAAAGGACGGAGUGACUAAGUUCAACCUGAAAACCGGCGAACAUGAGUAUGUCGCCAAGUAUUGGAGCGGCCCCAAUGCCGAGGAUAAGACAAGACGCAUGAGAUCGAACGAUGGCGCGGUUGAUACUCAAGGUCGGUUCUGGGUCGAAGCGUUCGUCGACCCCGAAAUAGCUGAGGUCACGGAGGAAGGCGUCCUCUUUAGACUGGACCACGAUGGGACGCUGCGCACGAUACACGAGAACUUGACCAUCCCGAACGGCAUUACCUGGAAUGCCAAUGACAACAAAAUGUACCUCACCGAUUCUCCGGUCCAAAACGUUUACGAGUUCGACUAUGACCCGAAGACAGGUGAUAUUUCCAACAAGAGGGUCUUUUUCCAUCUGGAAGAUGACGGGAUUCACCCUGAUGGUCAUGCCAUGGAUGUCGAGGGUAACAUUUGGCACGCCUGUUACGGUGGUUCAAAGGUCAUUCGAAUAUCCCCUGAAGGAGUGGUGACGGGUAUCAUUCACCUGCCGACACGCAAUAUCACCUGCCCAACGUUCGCUGGGACCGAGUUGUUUAUCACUAGUGCAAAGGAGUCGGAGCCCGAUAAAUAUCCUGAAUCGGCCAAAUUUGCGGGAAACUUGUUCAGAGUGGAUGUCGGCAUCGAGGGCAUGCCGAAGUACCGGGCUCGCUUGCAAUGA